GAGGACCCGCACACCUUGGUUAGUGAACCAAAAAUUUCUUUAUUUUUCAAACUUGUGCAUCCUACAAGGAUAAAAAAGAAAAAGGCAGAAAACAAGAUAUCACACAGCAGCUGGUGGCUAAACAUUGGGCUGAGGCCAAACAUAGCCCAGCUGCCUUUAGAUGCAUGCCAAUUGAGCAUGUCCCUGUGAGGGCCAGAGGAGGGGACUUUGACAGAGUACUACUCCAACGGGAGGCUUACUGGAUACACGAAUUGAAUUGUGUAGCACCAAAUGGGUUAAACGGGCAGUUGGUCCUGAAUUGCUUUUUAUAAUUCAAUGAACUAAGGUAGUUUAGAAAUGACAGCACAAUGUAUAGCAAGUUUGUAUAACUUUUAUUGAAACAGAUAAUUGACGCUAACAUUGUAACAAAGUGUAUCUGUCGCUUCAAGAUAACAGAGUAACAAAGUAAUGUAUGUAAAUUCACAGGUUGCACAGGGAUGGAUGUUUUUUAUUGAAUGGACUUAUUCUGAAAAAGAAAAACCACUUUUUUCACUCAACAGCGACAUCACAUGAGAUCACGGAUUCAGGUGUGGUUGUAUGAGCAAGUGAAUAUGCGUAUUGAAGGCUGCAUCAUUGGCUUUGAUGAAUACAUGAAUCUAGUGGUGGACGACUCCGAAGAAAUCCAUCUCAAAACAAAGUCACGAAAACCAAUUGGGCGUAUCAUGUUGAAAGGCGAUAACAUCACUUUGCUACAGAGUGUCAUGAAUUAAUGCUUCGGAUAAAUCUGUUCCCCUCUGCAGUUCCCAAACAUUUUCAUCUGUGAAAACAGAAGGAAUGAAACCGGGUAUUUUUUCCCUCUUUUUGGACUUUUUCAACUACAUUGUAGAUUUGUCACUGUGUUAUGACGCCUAUAAGGAUUACAGUGAAACUUUUUUCUUUAUAUAUUUUUUAAAUCAAACUGGUUAUAAUUUCAGGUAUUCCAGACAAUUACAUAGAAACUGGUGUCAAUGCAAGGAUUGUUCACUUUUGUACAAGUAUACAACUGUUAAAACAAUUUUUUUCUUUUUCAAAGAGAAACAAUGCCUGAUUGGGCUUAGAGCUCAUGAAGGUUAUGUAUCCACAGAGUAAGUUCUUGAUACUGAAUUCAGAUAUAUCAAAUGUUUUGAAACUGUUCUUGUAUUAAAUACAUUUAAGACAAAAA